AUGCAGCCACAUACAGCAGAGAAUGAUGUAUCUUUCGGUGAAAAAGAGAUUGAAGAAGCAGAUACUUUUUACACGUGCAAAGAAAUUUGUGAUGUAAGCAUACAAGAAUUAGCCAAUGAAAGUGCGCCCCCUUGUAAAAGAAGCAAAAACAAGUGGGGGUCAAAUAAAAAGAAUAUUUCCCGGGAGUUUCAUUCAGAAAAUAUAGAAUCUGGUCAGAAAAGGGGUAAAGGAGAGCGCAUUGCCAUGAAGAAAAGCCCCCUAGCAACAGAUGACGAGGAAACAGUAGAGUUAUCUGCAGAGAGUGAGAACAGCGGUUCUGUAGUUGACAGCGCAGCAGACGAGAAAAGUGAAAGAACAUUUUACUCUAGCAUUAUACAGAUGGUAGUGGGUGAAAUAAGCAAUGCAUACAUGUCUGCUCAAGUAUAUAACCAGAAGAGCCCUAUGCAACAGGCAGAGGCCCAUAGCACGCGCAUGCCAGAGGAUGAAGAUACAGAAUAUACAUCCGCCAAUGAGGAAAAUAAUUCAGUAAAGCCAAUAGACAUAUCUGUGCUAAGCAGGGUUAAGACACAAAGAAUAGAUAGAGAAGCAAAAAAAAAUCGUCCUAAAAGACAACGAGUGCCGAGCGAUGUAGUCAUGGAAGCAGUUUACGCUGCCAUAUUUAUUUUCAUAGCUGCUGCUGUGGGAGCUGCCUAUUCUUUUUAUCGGGCAUUCUGCCAUAUAAAGAAUAUUGGUGAUGCACAGUUUGGAGACAGCACUUAUAUUAAAUGCGCCACGUACUUUAUUCUGGCGUAUGUCAUAUACUAUGCUUUAAGCAAGUUAUUUGGAUGGGCGUACUUACUCACCUCUUUUGCAUUCUGGAUACUUAUUAGGCUGAUUUUGUUUGUGCUUACGCUGGAUAUCACACAAAAGAUGUUAAAUCCAUAG